CAAGUACCAUCAUCAAAACAACUGCUGAGUGGCAACUGUUGAGGGUCAGCUCUUCAUCUUCAAGAGUGGAAAAAACGAUGAAUGGGAGCUGUGUCUCUGAGCAGGAUGGGGAUAGCUCAAGUUCAGGACAUUCAGGUGGGCAGAAAGAAGAGCCCUGUCUCCAAAGAGACUCGUUGUUCUCUUCCCCCAGUGUGUCCAUCAUAUCACAACUCCUCAGCCAGACAAUUGCUAACAGGGGACUGGAUCCAAACUUUCUUUUCCCUUCCUCGCAGACAACAGAAUCACCCCAGGAAGCCAGGGACUGCCCAUCUUUUAAGGAAGGGACACCAACCCUGGCCUCCCCUAUGUGCUACACUCCAAUCUCCAGUUUUGGUGACACAGACCAGUUCUAUAAUGAACACUUACGAGCUAAGAGGGCCAGAGUGGAAAGCAUUAUCCGAGGUAUGAGCCUCUCACCAAACCCUACCACGCUUGGUACCAAUGAGGAAAGAGACAGAGAAUGCCCUGUGGAGAAAAGAAGCGAGAACUACAGGGAGAACAAGAGAAAGCAGAAGCUUCCCCAGCAGCAAAGCCCACAUGUAGCACAGCUUGCAGGAAGAGGCAGGAGCAGCGCCAAGGCAGAGGAGUGCCACCAACUGAAGGAACAGCUUCAAGUUUUGCAGCAGCAGCUGAGGCAGCUUCAAGAGAAAUUCUUGCAGGUUUAUGAGUUCAGUGAUUCAGAUCAAAGCCACAAAGGGAUGGAGAAGACUAUGCAAUUACUGAAGGGGAAGUGUGGAGACAGUCUAGAUGAAAGCUGUCAGGCUGCUACCAGUGACCAACACAGAACUCUUCUCUGGAGGAGCAUCUCAGGGAUGGAAGGCCACAAAGUGUCAGAAGAAGAAAGGAGAAUGGGGGAUCUGGGUGAACUGUCCUCUGAAAAAAGAACAUUUUCUGAGACAUUAAAGCAUGAGCUAGCCACAGUGGUAUCUCAGGCUGUGGACACGGUUUUGAAAAAAAUAUUGUCCAAGCCAUCAGGCCAUCUGGCUCAGCUGUACAACAGCCUCCUAAUCUCAGCACCAGACAGCAGAAGAGAGGAUUUUGCCGCUGAGGAAUAUUCCAGCAGAAAAUGGCUUCCUGGGGCUUCCUCACAAAAUUUGGUAAAUUCACUGACUGAAGCCCAUACAGAGGCCUUGUCGCUAGUCAUGGAUAAGUCUCCAGACUUUCAUGUUCACCCGAUCAGUUCAAGAAUGGCUAGAAAACCCUGCCAUGUACCUAACAUGAAUCACCCCUCGGUCAUGACUUCUCAAGUUCAAGAAAAACAGAUUCUUAGCCAGCUACUAGAGUACAGUCAAAAUGGCCAUUGGAACAGCAGCUCUCAUAGAAUUGCCCCAGACAGGUCUUCUGAAGAGUCCCUAGAUCUACCUUGGAGAGCAGUCAAAUUGAAGUCAUCAGUCAUGAGACACCAGCAAUAUCCAAUGUCCCUUAACACCGCUGAAAUGGAAAGUUUGGCUCUUCUUCCAGCCAGGAAGGCAGAAUGUGGAGAGCUGCAGACUGUGAUGGAUGGAGUGCCCUUCUCCUCAGUCCAUAUAUCCUUUAGUGACCAUUAA